AGCAGUGAGGGGAGUCCCCCAGUCUCCAGCUAGAAAAAUCCAAGACAUCUGAGAGAUGGAGAAAAAAGAACUAAAGGUUUCCGUGCCAAAAUUUGACAAGAUCCCUUGGUUCAGUGAGGGCAGCCUCACCAACAAGCCAUUAGUGCUCAGCCUCCCCAAAAGAUCUCCUCAUGCUUCUGCAUUUCUGGCUUCACCUAAGAAGGAUAUGCAUUUGCCUGCUUUGUUUCAAGUUCCAGUUGUCUUAUCUAAGGCCAGGAGGGACAUGAGUAACCCCACACUGGCCAGAAACAAGCAGCUGUGCUCCACAUGUCAAGAAAUAAAAAUGGUACAACCAAGAACUCUGAUGAUUCCUCAUAAUCUGAAACUAUCCUUUGAGAAUUUUAUGAGUCAUAGAAUGAGUCUUCCUCCACCAAAAGCCAAGACUGUAUCUGAAGAUUCCAGUAAUGACAUCUCAACAGAGAGUAUUCACUACAGACUGCCCAUUAUGGGCCCUAGGACAGCUGUCUUCCACGGACUGUUGGCAGAUACCUACAAAUCUCUGCAGGAGAUGGAGCUCUCUUCUUUGCCCAGAAAGGAGCCCGUGGGCAAGAAAAUGAUGCAGUGAAUGGUUGGAGCUCAUCCUCUUCCAGACUCGCCAAGAGAAAACAAGUUAACCAAGCCUGUUUCUGACGCUAACGUAUUCUCAUAAUUCCCCCCACCCCCAGUCACCAAAAAGGUGACUCACUUUUGCCUUUGUGGUUGCUAGAAUUCUAGCUCUUGCCAGUCUCCUUCUCACUUUUCCUGAAGAUAAGUGGUUUAAUUUACAUGAUGAUAAAGAUUUGCUGAUUCAAAUGGAA